AUGUUAAGUUCAAAUCAACUUUCUGGUGCUCUGGAAGAAAUUCCUGCCCCGUGGUCUUCAAGCUUAUCUUCUAUUUGGUUAGACCACAAUGAUCUCACGGGUGCAAUACCCAAAUCAUUCUUUCAUCUUAAUCAUCUCAAAGAUCUCUACCUUGGCUCAAAUAGAUUAGCAGGCACAAUUACACUUAGCUCUUUUUGGAGGUUGAAGAGCCUUAGUUCACUAAGUUUGUCCUAUAACAUGCUAUCAAUUGUGGACGAAGAAGAUGACACUAUAUUAACCUCUCUCCCUAACGUCAACUACCUAGAACUUGCAUCUUGCAACCUCACCAAAAUUCCUCGAGCACUGAGAUAUCUAGGUGGAGUUAUAAGCCUCGACCUUUCUAAUAAUCAAAUUAAUGGGGUUAUACCAAGUUGGGUAUGGGAGAGUUGGAAGGACCAGCUUAAAUUUUUGAACCUCUCCCAUAACAUGUUUACUAGUUUGGAGAAAUCUCCUUCUCUUCUUCAUAUGCCAUAUUUAUCCAUCCUCGAUCUUAGUUUUAAUAGAAUUCAAGGAAACAUACCAAUACCAGUAACAUUAUACUUCUCACCAAUAUUCGUCACAUACAAUGAAGUUUUGUUGGACUACUCAAACAACAACUUCUCUUCCAUUCUAGACAAAUUUGGAAAGUAUGUUCAAAACGUCACCUAUCUCAAAUUGUCCAAGAAUAAAUUAACUGGUCAUGUAUCAUCAUCCAUUUGUAGUGCUAGCAAACUAACUAUCCUAGACUUAUCUUACAACAAUUUUAGUGGUUCGAUCCCAUCAUGUCUAAUAGGAAGUGGAAAUUUGAAAAUAUUGAAACUAAGAGAAAAUCAAUUCGAAGGAAUGCUACCUGAAGAUAUUAGAGAAGGAUGUACGUUUAAAACAAUAGAUUUGAAUGGAAACCAAAUUGAAGGUAAUUUACCAAGAUCACUAUUAAAUUGUCAGGACCUAGAGCUUUUUGAUGUUGGCAAUAAUCAGAUUGUCGGUUCUUUUCCAUCUUGGUUGGGUGCUCUUCCACAGCUUCGAGUUCUUGUAUUAAGAUCCAACCAACUCAAUGGUACAAUAUGGGAUAUUAAAGCUGACCGUACAAUCAAUAAAUACUUCUCAACUUUGCAAAUACUUGAUUUGGCCUCCAACAACUUCUCUGGAAACGUACCAAAAGGAUGGUUUAAUGAACUGAAUGCAAUGAUGGAAAAUGUCAAUGAUGAGGGACAGGUUGUAGGGCAGCAAACAAACCUGCCAAAUGGAUUCUAUCAAGAUACUGUCACUGUGACAUUCAAAGAUCUCAAGCUUAUUUUCACCAAGAUAUUGACCACUUUCAAAGUGAUUGAUUUUUCACAUAACUCGUUUGAUGGUUCUAUUCCGGAGUCAAUUGGGAGGCUUGCUUCACUGCAUGGACUCAACAUGUCAUACAAUAACUUCACGGGGCAAAUCCCAUCUCAGUUCAGCAACUUGUCUCAGCUGGAGUCAUUGGAUCUAUCUCGGAACCAUAUCACAGGGGAAAUACCACAUGAGUUAACCUCACUUACCUCCCUUGGAUGUCUGGAUCUUUCAUACAACAACUUGUCUGGAAGAAUCCCGCAAGGCAACCAGUUCUCAACAUUUUCUGACAAUUCAUUUGAAGGCAAUGCAGACCUCUGUGGAGUUCCACUCUCCAAAGAAUGUGAAAGUCAAAACUCAGUUUCUCCAAGUGAAGUGGCUCCUCCAGAAUAUGAAAGCUUGUGGCAGGACAAACUCGGUGUUAUCCUUUUGUUUGCUUUUGUUGGCUUGGGAUUUGGAGUCGGCUUUGCAUUGGCAUUCUUGUUGCGGAUGUAUUGUGGUAUGGAAGGAUGGGUCAGCAAGCAAUCAUGA